GGGCACGUCACCCUCUGGCGGAGGCUGAGGCGGCGCCGCCGGGGCAGGAGCUCUCAGUAAAAAAUGUCGUGGAUCAGAGAGGGCGAGCUGACCAUCAUAGAGAGGUUCUGUGCCAACAUCAUUAAGGCAGGUCCCAUGCCCAAGCACGUUGCCUUCAUCAUGGAUGGCAAUCGCCGCUACGCCCAGAAGUGUCAUGUGGAGAGACAGCAGGGACAUUCCCAAGGCUUUGAUAAGCUGGCACAGACCUUGCGGUGGUGCUUGAACCUGGGCAUUCGAGAGGUGACAGUUUAUGCCUUCAGCAUUGAGAACUUCAAACGCUCCAAGGAGGAGGUGGAUGGGCUCAUGGACCUGGCCAGACAGAAGUUCAGCCGCCUCCUGGAGGAGCAGGAGAACCUGAAGAAGCAUGGGGUGUGCAUCCGUGUCCUCGGGGAUCUGCCCCUCCUGCCUGUGGAUAUCCAGGAGCUGAUUGCCCAAGCUGUGCUGGCAACCAGGAACUACAACAAGUGCUUUCUGAAUGUCUGCUUUGCAUACACAUCGAGGCAUGAGAUCAGCAAUGCUGUCAGGGAGAUGGCCUGGGGGGUGGAACAAGGCCUGCUGGAACCCAGUGACGUGUCUGAGUCGCUGCUGGAUAAAUGUCUGUACACCAACAACUCCCCUGACCCAGACCUGCUGAUAAGAACCUCUGGAGAGGUUCGCCUCAGUGAUUUCCUGCUCUGGCAGACAUCCCAUUCAUGCCUGGUGUUUCAAUCAGUCUUGUGGCCAGAAUAUUCCUUUUGGAACUUAUGUGAAGCUAUCCUUCAGUUCCAGAUGAACCACAGUGCUUUGCAGAAGGCCAGAGACUCCUACCUGGAGGAGAGGAGGCGACAGCAGCUGGAGAGGGACCAGGCUUACGUGAGCAAGAAGCUGCAGCAGGAAGGGAGCUCGUCGCACGGGGACGCGCGGCGCCGACGGACGCUGCUGCAGAAAUGCACGGCCCUGAGGGAGGAGAGGAUCCAGGGCUUCCUGCAGGCCCUGGAGCACAAGAGAGCAGACUUCUUUGAGAGAUUGUGUCCAGUGUCUGCAUGACACAGGUGCUGGGCUCUGGGGAACACGGUGUUCAGAGGGAGCAGCUGCUGCCCACAGGGACCGCCCUGGGCACCCGGGGUGGCUCCAGGACCUCCUGUCCCAUCCCGAUGGCCCUGCCCGGGGCAGGGAUGGCUGCUGUGAACUCUCCAGGGCUGUGAUGCUGCUGCUGAGGAAGGUGGAGCCGUCCUGUGUCACCUCCCAGCCCUGGGGACAGAUACCUGCACCCUGCUGGGUCCUUGACAGGCCAGGUGUUCCGGUGACGAGAAGUUAACUGCAGUGAGCCUCCUCCAGUUCUCUGGUUUCUCCUGAGCUGGCCCAGCCAAACCAGUCCUGUUAAAUUAGUCUGGGCUCAGGUUCUCUCCAUGGCUUUGCAGUAGGGAAUCUUCUGUUGACAUGUCCUCUGCUGUCCCAUCAAGAGAGCCCUGCUUUCUGCAGGGGAGGAUUGUUCCUGGUGUCAGGGACAUUCCCCACUGCCUACUCAGGGAGAACAUCUUGUCUUUUCCCCACCUGACUGCUGGGUUGGAAGUAUCGACUCCUGGUUUCCAGAGAGCCAAAGGAAGGGUUCCCAGCCUUGCUGUAAAGAAGAAAAAAAAAAAAAAAAAAAGGCUGCUCCAAAGCUUCAGCAGAUUCUGAGAUCUCUCCUGAGCAGUGUCUGUGGGGAAAAAACAGGUGCAGAAGGUGCUGGUGUUGGACCACUCUGACCUGCAGGCAGGAAAAAGGAUUGGCUGGGAAUGAACCUUCUCAGGAAGGAAAGGAAGCUGGCUAAACGAGUUGGUGGCUACCAUAUGGCAAACCCUCUGAGGGAGUUCCCGGGAAUGAGGGUGGGUGUAAUUCAGCAAUACAGUAGCCAAAACCAACCUCUGACCCCAGCCAGAAUGGUUCAGAAGGGCUGUUUGGCCAGAGCAGCUGUGGAGUGUUACUUGUUCUUAGUUUUCCAUUGGCAAGGAGAUGGACAAGCUGGUUUCCAAGAUUGUUUCCAUCUCUGUUUCCUCCUGGUUUCCGUCCCCAUGAUCAAAAUACCUGAAAAGUCUUGGUUUUUGCUCCUGAUGCAAAAACACGUGUGGCAGUACCAGCUGUUGCUGGGUUUGAAGUCUUUCUUCUUACCUCCAGGUGAAAACCACAAAAUGCAGAUUUAAAAGCCUUGUAAGUGCUGCACACUGAGCACUUGGCCUGUGAUUGUGAAGAGAAGAACUGUGUAGUCAAACUGGGAAUAAAGUAUAUUCAUACCAAAGUUAUUUAAAAAAUAACCUGAAUGUUUAAAAGUAUGUAGAGCUGCUUAUUUUAAGGUGUGAUGAAGCUGGAAUCCAGGUUUAAUAUAAUAAUAUUUAAUCUCUGACAGACUCCUCAUGUGAUUCCUCUUAGCCUGGGAAUGGUUUGAAGGUUGUUUUUACAGUGUAGUGUGAGCAGUUUGCUGACACCCCAAAGCCUGCCCAAGUGAAGCUGUGUGCAGGUACCACCUCUUGUGUGAGUUACAAACAGAAUUUGGAUAAAAAUAUGCUGAGAUCUGUUGAUUUUAAGUUUCUUUUGCUGUAUUUUGUUUUCUCCAUGUUUCAGGAAACUGUGGAAACUGUGUACUCUCCAGUCUGCUUUGCCAGGCUCUCAUGGGGUGUCUCCUACUCAAAAAAAUGCUUUUGUGUCUUAAGAAAAAAAAAAAAAUGUUUUCCAUUGUGUUAUGACUGUACAGGUGACCAAGUACUGGUCCUGUUGCAGGUGAGGUAAGUGAAGGAUCUGGUUUAUAAAAUACUUGUAUGGAAAGUUUUAAUCCAUUUUAUAGAAGGCAUUGCUGGAGUAGGGAAGGAGGAAGAGUCCUUCAAGCAGUGGCAAGAGGUUCCUGUUACCUGACUUUGUACAGUUCACCUGCAUCAGUUAUUCCAGUUAUUUCCCCUAUGAGGCUUCCUUUGUUAGAGGGGGGAGAUGAAUUACCUGGGCAAAGUCAAGAGUUUGAGCAGUGAAUCUGUGGGAGCAGAGCCACAGGCUUGUGUCAGUAAGAACUGAACCUCCAUCACUAAUUUUUACGGGUUGAAGAUGGGAGAAAUCAGCAUGGCUGGAAAAUUGUGCAGCUGAGGUCUGAAAAAGCCUGAGUGUACCUGGGCAGGGAAGGGGGGAAAGGUUGUUCCUUGGAGCGUUUAUCUGAGUGAAAUCCAACUCAGAAGUGAAGAGUUUGGGGCAGAGUGAGGUGGUGACGAAGAUCUUGAGUUGGGUUUGUAGUCCCUGGGCUGUGGCUGUGCCAGGUGAGAGCAAUGUCCCCUCUUGGAGCCCAACUUCCCCAGUUACUCGGCACAAGCAGCAGGCCACCUGUGUGAAUCGAUUUAACAUCACAUUAUCGCAUUUUUAACAUUUUUUUUUUUCUCCUUCCAGCACUGCCGCCGUCUCCUCUUUCGGAUACAGCUCUCCUGAUCCCCCCCGUUUUUCCAGGGAAAAGGGCUCUGCGUGGCUCCCCCGGGAGCCCCUCCCGGCGCGGGGAGUGCUGAACGAACAGCUCCGCUCACCUGCGCGCGGGAUCGCUGGCUGAAGGAGAGACCAAGGGCGAUAAGGCCAAAGUUAAGGAUGAGCCACAGCGGAGAUCAGCGAGGUUAUCUGCUAAGCCAGCUCCUCCAAAGCCAGAGCCCAAACCUAAAAAAGCAG